CCUCCCUCUCCUGUCCUAAUUCACUACGCCGCUACUAGUAUUUAUUUACUAUUAAUUGCCCCGACUCCGUCUCCGUCUCCGUCUCCGUCCCCGUCCCCGUCCCCGCCUCCUCCACCGUCGCCGCCCAAAUUCCCACGCAAACCCUAAGCCACCCAGCUAGCUCGACGCCCAGCCACGCCCAAUGGCGGAAGACGCCGGCGACAGGGAGCAGCAGCAGCCCGCGGCGGCCGCGUGCGCCGGAGCAGUCGGAGCAGGACACGCCUGCGGGGAGGACGGGGGCGGCAGGGACGAGAGCUCCGUCAAGCUCUUCGUCGGCCAGGUGCCCAAGCUCAUGACGGAGGCCGAGCUGGCCGCCAUGUUCCGCGACGUCGCCAUCGUCGACGAGGUCACCGUCAUCCGCGACAAGGCCACCAAGGCGUCCCGAGGCUGCUGCUUCCUGAUCUGCCCAUCAAGGGAGGAGGCUGACAAGGCAGUGAAUGCAUAUCACAACAAACGCACACUUCCUGGGGCCCCGAGUCCAUUGCAAGUAAAAUAUGCCGAUGGAGAGUUGGAAAGGCUGGAGCACAAACUUUUCAUCGGAAUGCUCCCCAAAAAUGUAACAGAUGUUGAAAUGACUGAUUUAUUUUCACAAUAUGGAAAUAUCAAGGACCUGCAGAUUUUGAGAGGUUCACAACAGACGAGCAAAGCUGGCUGUGCCUUUCUGAAGUAUGAAACAAAAGAGCAGGCAGUGGCAGCUAUCGAAGCUCUAAACGGGAAGCACAAAAUAGAGGGUUCAAGUGUACCUUUGGUUGUGAAAUGGGCUGACACAGAAAAAGAAAGGCAGGCUCGAAAAGCACAAAAGGCUCAAUAUCCGCCGUCUAAUAUGUCAAAUGCAAAUGCAAUGCAGCAGAGUUCGUUAUUUGGUGCUUUACAGAUGGGAUAUGUGCCACCGUAUAAUGGCUUUGGCUACCAGCCACAAGGAACCUAUGGACUUAUGCAGUACCCUUUAUCUCCGAUGCAAAAUCAAGCAGGCUUCCAGAAUAUGGUUCAGCCUGUCAAUCAAGGAAGCUCAAUACGUGGCGUUAGUUCUGAACUAUCCCCUAAUUCAGUUGCUAGGUCAUUCAAUUCAAUGCAGUUGGGCAGCCCUUAUCCAGCUGGGCCUGGUAUGCAGUAUCCUGGGUCAUAUCCUGGUGGUGGCAUCAAUAGUCGUCCUUACAUGAAUUCUCAUAAUUCCGUUAAAGUUCCUAAUGCAAAUGCUACAUCUCCCACAUCUUCAAGUACCGGCAGCAACACUGGUCCUCAGCUAGAGGGUCCUCCUGGAGCCAACUUGUUUAUCUAUCACAUCCCGCAAGAAUUCGGCGACCAAGAUCUAGCACAUGCAUUUCAGAGUUUUGGUAGAGUAUUGAGUGCCAAAGUAUUUGUAGACAAAGCAACUGGUGCUAGUAAAUGCUUCGGUUUUGUAAGCUACGAUUCACCUGCUCCUGCGCAGGCAGCCAUAAGUAUGAUGAAUGGGUUCCAAUUAGGUGGUAAAAAGCUGAAAGUACAACUCAAGAGAGACAACAGCAAGCACAAUAAACUUUACUGACAGCAGCAGUGGAAACCCUCCAACACGAUCAGGAAAAACCGGUACAUAUGUGUCGCACAAUUGAUCGUUCGUCCCAUUGUUUCUUCUGGCCUCCACCAUGUGUCAUCGUCGGUGGCGGUUUGUUGUAUCUUGGUUCAAUUCAAUUCAACAUUCUUGAAAACUGCUAAGUUGUUUUAUUUCGUCUCAGCAUAGUUGUAGCCUCUGUACCAUCAGACCCAUUGUACAUCAGACAUUGAUUCAUUCAAUUGCUUCCUUUUUCUUCUA